GAAUGAAGUAAAGCGGGCAGAGGAAUGCCCAUAGCUAAGAUGGAAGCUAGUUGGUUUCCUUUCAAACAUUAUCCAAUCACAUGAGCUUUCCUGAAAAGCUUGUUGUACAGUGGCCGGAAAGGUACAAACCUCUACGAUUUGACUCGAGCAGGUCAUUUUGGCUUGCCAGAUGGCCAGUCUCCCGUCUCAUGUGCAGAAUGUGAGGUCCCUCUAUAAGAAGAUCUUAGUUCUUCAUCACAUGCUUCCUCUGCACUUCAAAGCCUUGGGAGAUCAGUAUGUGAAGGAAGAGUUUAGAAGACACAAAAAUGCCAGUCCACAGGAGGCCAAAUUAUUUAUGAAGGAGUGGGAGGCCUAUGCCACAUUGUUAUGGAAACAAACUAAUGAGACACUACACUCUCGGGGAGGCAAAGGGGUCUUUGGGGCUUCAAUAUCACAAGAAACACUGGAUUCCUUUCGUGGGGAACAGAUCGGACAGUUAUAUGAACUCAUGCAAGAAACUAAGAAACAUAAACAUCAGUUUGAUAUUAUUGAAGAUGGGCAGAAGUGAUCCCAAAAUGCUAUAUGAAGAGACAGGGUUUUUGCCACUUUCCUAUGUAUCCUUACAUCCAGUGUACAUGAAGCAAUGUUGUAUGUAUAAUACAGUUUGUAUAAAAUAACAAUAAAUUGCUUCUAAAAAAAAAAAUUCUCUUUAAAUAACAAUGUGCAUAUAAGAUUCUACAGUAUACUGUUGCCAUUAGGACAUCUAACUUGUGCGCCUCUAUUUAUGUUGUAGUGGCACAAGACCACUGUCCAUGUAUUAGGAUACCCAAACAAGCUGGUGAGUUUAAUAGGCAUUCAUACUGUAACAAAUCCUUAAAUGUUUUUAAGAUUUACUAUUGUAAUUUCUAGGGAUAGUCUUCCAACUGGGUAGAGCCAAAGCAUCUUAAAUUUUUACUCUUUCUGGGACAAUAAAUGAGGUUCCAAGCCAGAGAUUCGGUUUUGGUUCAGUAUUCUGGCCCUAAAGUAUUUCUUACUUUACAUAUGCUCUCAUGUUCCAGAAGGGAUAAGCCUUCCACUGGAUUAUUGAUAAUGGCUUGAUGGAUUUAUUUCUAUAUAGAACAAUCUGUGUUGUUUUUGAACAUGCAACCAAAAUACAUACAGUAAAACUUAAAGCGAUGGUACACCCUCAAGUUAACUUUUAAUAUGUUAUAGAAUGACCAAUUCUAAGCAACGUUUCAAUUGACCUUCAUUAUUUAUUUUUUAUAAUUUUUGA